ACGGUUUGUGAUCUUGUAUCAGUUGGUUAAUAAUUCCCUUAGUUUAGAAUAUAAAAGUAGGAGAGUUCUUGUUACUUCUCCUUCUGUCUUUGAUUCGCGAUGGCAUUCGCUGGGAAAUAUCAACUUGAGUCUCAUGAGAAUUUUGAACCUUUCAUGAAGGCCAUUGGUCUGUCAGAUGAACUGAUUCAGAAGGGCAAGGACAUCAAGAGUGUGUCUGAGAUUGAACAGAAUGGAGACCACUUUAAGGUGACUGUGACCACAGGCACAAAGGUUAUGGUCAACUCGUUCACAGUUGGCCAGGAGGCAGAGCUAGAGACGAUGACUGGAGAGAAGAUCAAGUCUACAGUAAAUCUGGUUGGGAACAAGCUAAUAGUCUCUCUGAAGGGCAUUGAGUCAGUGACAGAAUUCAACGGUGACACAGUCACUGCUACCAUGACGCUUGGCCCGAUCGUCUACAAGAGGAUAAGCAAGCGUAUUCAGUGACCUUAACAUUUUGAAUAAACCAAAAAUCUA